AUGAGGGAGUUGUAUGAGAAGUCAACAAAAAUGGAACAUGAUCUUCAUGGAGUAGAAGCUAUGCGUGCUGAGCUUAUGCAAUUACAUGAUGAUAUUAAGCAGUUGACUUCUACACACCAAAAUCUUACUAGUCAAGUUCAAUGUAUGACUCGAGAUCUUGCUAGAGCUACUGCUGACUUGCAGCAAGUCCUAGGACUGAAGUCAGAAAUUGAUGGGCUUAGACAAGAAUUACAAAAGGAGCAGGAAUCAAAUGAGAAUGAGAAUGAGAAUAAUGAAAUGUCUGAAGUGAAAAAUGAAAACACAGCUGCAGAGUAG